UUUUAACAACUAUAAUUUUUUGUGAAGAUAUUAAAAAUAUAACGUUUUGAAAAUCAAACUAAGAACAUUUAGUGAUCUUUUGACAUAUUCAAAAACGUAAACCGCAAAAGGAGUAACUGUGUAUAGUGACACAAAAAGAUAUUUUCUGAUAAUAAUCAAAAAGAAAAUACAGCAGAGUAAAACCAAAAUCUACUCCGCUAUCAAAGAUUAAACAUAAUUUUUUUAUUGUUAAAAUUUCAUUGAUAAUCAUUAAUAUUAUUCACCUAAACUGUGGUACAACUUGGUUUUAAUGGGUCUUAAAAUGAGUAUUUUAAGUGGAGUUCUUUAAACUUGAAAGUUAAAAUUAUAACUAAAAAAAUAAUUUCUGAGGAUUUUUAAACCACAUGGACCCUCAAGUAUCAUUUAGCCAACUUUCCUACUAGUUGCGCCACUGCGUCCAAGAUAAACAAUGAUACGUAAACUAAUAAUUUCUAUUACGCUUUAUCUUCGACUUUUACUAUCAUUGUCGGCUUUGAAGACAUGUGAUUUAAGACCAAAUGGCAUUACGGCGCCAAAAAGUACUAAUCCUCAUCCGUUCAGAAUUGUAUUCAAAGGAAAUACAGAAACAUAUUGGCCUGGAACAACUUAUACAAUCAUGAUACAAAGCGUUAAAACUUCACAAACUAUGACUCCUAGUUUUAGCGGUUUUACUUUAACGGUUGAAGCAGAAGACCAUCAAACUUACGACGAAGAUAACGAAUUCUUCGCGGGUACAUUUCAACUUGCUGGUGAUGUAAAAACUAAAAUCAGCGAAGUUUGCCCAAAUACAAUUACUCAGACAUCUAUGAUAUCAAAAUCAGAAGUACAAGUGUUUUGGGUUGCUCCACCUUCUGGUAGUGGUUGUAUUAUUUUUAAGGCAAUUAUUGUGGAAUACCGAGACAUUUGGUAUUCUGAUGAUGAUCAACUUAGUAAGAAAAUAUGUGAAGAAAAUAAUGAAAGUAAUGAUGAAAAUUCUAACGUCGUGUAUGAGUGUUGUGCAUGUGACGAAGCAAAGUUCGAGCUUACUUUUGAAGGAAUGUGGUCAAGACAUACUCAUCCCAAAGAUUAUCCAGAUGAUAAUUGGCAAACUCGAUUUAGCGAUGUAAUUGGUGCUUCACACAAAUAUGAUUAUAGGUUCUGGGAACAAGGUCAUGUAGCUUCAGAAGGAAUGAACAGUAUAGCAAGGAAUGGAGCUACGUCAACACUGGAAUCGGAGCUUAAAUCUCAAAGUGAUAAAAUUCGAACUAUUAUAAAAGCGCGAGGUAUCAGCUAUCCAAACAUUACUGGAAAGACUUUUGCUGUGUUUCGAGUAGACCAAGAGCACCAUUUGGUAUCUGUGGUAUCUUUUAUGUAUCCAUCGCCAGAUUGGUUUGUAGGAAUUUCCGGCCUAGAGCUGUGCUUACCAAACUGUAAUUGGAUAACAAACAAAACGAUUAAUUUAUUUCCUUGGGAUGCUGGCAUUGAUAGCGGAGUAACAUAUAACGCAUCUGAUUAUCCAACUGUACCAAGAACCACUGUUCAAAGAGUUUGGGUAGCCAUGCCUAAUGAAUCACGUUCACCAUUUUACACAGAAGAUGGUAUGCCUAUAAAACCAAUAGCUAGAUUACAUCUUACAAGACAACGUCUAUAUGAAAAGAGUUGUGUUGUAGAAAAUUCCAAAACCGAAUCUAAUGCUUGCGCUGUUGGCCCAUGGUCAGAAUGGGAACCAUGUACUGCCACUUGCGGCAGAGGAAAUACUAGUAGACAUAGACAAUAUCUCAAUCCUGAUUCAUAUAAAACUUCGUUUUGUAGUGUGCAGCUAACACAAAACAAAAAAUGCUACGUACUUCCAUCUUGCUCAACAGACAACGAACAGACUUUAAAGACAGAUUCAAGGUGUGACACAACAGCUUUUGGAAGAUGGUCUAAUUGUUCAGCUGAAUGUGGUGUUGGUGUUCAUGCUAGAUUUCGAACAAUUUUAAAUAUUGAUGUUUCCCCGAAGUACUGUUUUGCUCAAGGUGUUCAAUUAGAACAAACUGUAGAUUGUAUGGUGAAAUCGUGUACUGAUGAUAGCGGCGGUUCAGUUAGUGAUUUAGAAGUUUUGUGUAAAAAUUGUUGGCUGUCUAAUUGGUCGAUGUGGUCCCCAUGUUCAACUUCAUGUGGGCAAGGUCAAAGACAGAGAAAUAGAGUUUCUAUGGGUCAAUCCAAUGAUUGUCUACCUCAAUGUUUUCUUCAGACAAUUGAUUGCCCAGAUAACCCAUCGUGUGACGAACAAAAUUUUGAGGACGCAUGGCCCAUAAAUAACGACGAAAUAAUAAAAAGGUACAAUGUUACUGUACAACGUCUUUAUUACUAUAGUAAGGAAAACAAAAUUUCAUGCAACAGUUCAUAUGUUAAACCAUUUACUCCCUCGUCACAAGAAAACACACCAGUACCAACUUUUAAUAAUAAUUUAGAAGAAGAUACAGAAGAUGGUUUAAAUGAGUCAGGAUGUAGAAUGUCGAAAUGGGGAAAGUUUUCAAACUGCAGCGUUCCUUGUGGCUUAGGCAAAAAACAUCGCACUCGACAAAUAAUAUAUCCCACAAAUCCAAUGGAUCAAAAGAAAUGUCGGAAAAAGCUUAUUGAUCAAAGAUCUUGUCGAGGCAAACAAUGCAAAUGCAGGUACUCGGAAUGGACAGAGUGGUCAUUAUGCUCAGCUCCGUGUGGUAUGAACGCAUUUCAACAGCGUACCAGGAUCCCAGAGGACCCAACUCAGUCGUGGUGCAGUGAUAGAUUACAACAACGUAUUUGCGCGGCUUUAGCUUGCAAGUCCAAUUAGUAUGUUCUAGUAAAAUUUAUAUAACCAUUAAUAUUAAUUAUCUAUUUAUAAUUUAUUAUUUUUUAUUAGAAUAUUAUACGACAAAUUUACAAUUCUUAAUAAUUUAUAAAUUGAAAGCAUUUAUAAUAAAUAAAAAUUAAUAGUUGUUUAAUGAAAGUAUUCAUGUAUAAAAAAAAUUACAAUUAAUAUUAAAAACCCUAAGUAUAAAAU